AUGGCCGCCGUUUACAAGUCGCUUUCCAAGAGCAGCGCCCAAAAGCAGGAUGCUCCCUCUUCUCACCCCAAAAAGAAUAAGCAGCGAGUGUUGAUUCUGUCGUCUCGCGGCGUAACAUAUAGGCAUCGCCAUCUUCUGAACGAUAUUGCAACCAUGCUUCCUCAUGGUCGAAAAGACGCCAAAUUCGACUCCAAAUCGCGACUGAACGAGCUCAACGAGCUCGCCGAGUUGUACAACUGCAACAAUGUUCUCUUUUUUGAGGCGCGAAAAGGGCAGGAUUUGUAUAUCUGGCUAAGCAAAGUUCCCAAUGGACCUACCGUCAAGUUCCAUCUGCAAAAUUUGCACACCAUGGAGGAGCUACACUUUACCGGCAAUUGUCUAAAAGGCUCGAGGCCUCUCCUCUCUUUCGAUGCCGCCUUCGAUUCCGAGCCGCAUCUCAAAGUCAUCAAAGAAUUGUUCUUCCACACAUUCGGCGUUCCGGAGGGUGCUAGAAAAUCCAAGCCUUUCAUCGAUCAUGUCAUGGGCUUCAGCGUUGUCGACGGCAAGAUCUGGAUCCGCAACUACCAAAUAAACGAGAGCGAAGGUUCCCUUCUCGAUUCUGAGGGCGACGCCAAGGACGCCAAGAAGAAGAGCAAAAAGGCCGCCGCGACCGGCAACAACCUCGAGAUCAGCCUUGUGGAAAUCGGACCCCGAUUCGUCCUCACCCCGAUCGUGAUACAAGAGGGCUCCUUUGGCGGGCCCAUAAUCUAUGAGAACAAGCAAUUUGUCUCGCCGAACCAGGUCCGCGCCGACCUGCGCAGGUCCAAGGCCAGUCGCCACAACGCCAGGGUCGAGCAGACGGUUGGAAGAUUGUCACGCAAGUCGGAUCUUGGUCUGCGAACCAACGGAAGCAAACAGAUAAUGCCCGGUGACGACUUGGAUAAGAGAAAGUUGUUUGCAUAA